GUGUCACAAGGGCUGAGCGAUGCCACAACCAAGUAACUGCAGCUGGGAGAGUUUCAGUGGACUAUAAGCUCUCUAACGCCGUUCAAAUAGCGCGCACACACACCAAUUCUUUAAUGCGAUUUUGCUUUGCGCACUCCACAACAAAAAUAAUCCACAACUGGACUUUCUUUACUCUGGAGGGCUGCUUCCACCAUGAGCGUCGGACAGACCUAUGAAAAGAAGAUUGCAAGUAUUUUGACCGAUCUACCAGGAUCUAUGAGUUGCCACCCGAGCUCCAAGGACUCUCCUACUCUCCCCGAGUCUUCGGUGACAGACAUGGGCUACUACAGCGGACAGACGGGCCCGAGUCAUCACGAAUAUUAUCAGAGUCAAGCGUACGGACAGCCCAUGAACUCUUACCACCAUCAGUUUAAUCUGAACGGAAUGGGAGCUGCUGGAGCGUACGCGACCAAAUCUGAAUACCCGUACACAAAUGGCUACAGACAGUUCGGACAUUACAACAGAGAUCACCUGCAGGCCUCGCCUCCGAGCUCAGUGAAAGAAGAGCCAGAGCCUGAGGUCCGCAUGGUGAAUGGAAAACCGAAAAAGAUCCGCAAGCCGAGGACGAUCUACUCCAGCUACCAGCUCGCUGCCCUGCAGAGGCGCUUCCAGAAGGCGCAGUACCUCGCUCUGCCCGAGAGAGCGGAGCUGGCGGCUCAGCUUGGCCUCACCCAGACACAGGUUAAGAUCUGGUUCCAGAACCGGAGGUCCAAGUUCAAGAAACUGUACAAAAACGGCGAGGUUCCCCUGGAGCACAGUCCCAACGCCAGCGACUCCAUGGCCUGCAACUCCCCGCCCUCCCCCGCAGUCUGGGAGAACAGCACCCCUCAGAACACCCCGAUCAGCAGACCUCAGGUCCCGCAGCAGACGCACAGCUCGUCGCCGCCAUACCUGGAGGAUUAUAACAACCACUGGUACCAGCAGGGAUCACACCUACAGCACCCGGGCACCGUGCACCACCCAGUCCCGCAGCAAAGUGUGGGAGCUGUUUAUUAACAAUGACUCAGGAGCAGAUAUUUCUCCUCAAACGAGGUCUCUCCACAAUGACUCUGCAGAGCAAAAAAGGGGACUGGACCCGGAGCAGGCCGGAAGUGAAACAUUGUUUUUGGUUGUUUUUUUUUGGAUGAUCAAGAAUGUUUCAGAACUGGUGUUCCAUUCACAAAGCACAUAAGGGAUUUCUGAUCACUUGUGGCAGCAUAUUUAACGGACAUCUGGCGUGUGUGUUUUUUUUUUUUUUUUAAAUUAUUUAUCGCUUCUGUUGUAUUUCUUUCACUCCUUUUGUAAAUGAAUAUGCAAAGUUUUUUUUUUAAACAAGCAGCCUGACCACAGACCGAAUAUUGACAAAAUUGUGCAGUUGAUCCACGCUGCAUUCAAAUCAUGCAUGUGGGUUUGUAGAGAGCGCGUCAAAAAAAGAACUCAGGUCAUAUUUAUAUGUAGGCUAUUUGUACAAAUCGUCGAAGGCUGUAAAUAUGUGUUUAUAUGCAGAACCACUAUGAUAUGCACUGUGGUGCUUCCAAAAUCAGUCUCAUGUUCAUGUAAUUAGUCCACUUGUUGCCUUCUUGUCAAUUGAAUAAAGGUGUUAAUUGUA